UCCUUUAUAGCUGCGUUGCGACAGAGACGGAGACAUGAAUGUAGAAAAUAAUCAUACGGCAGAAACAGAGAGGGAGCAAACGACGGACGGCAACGAGACGAUCACCAUCCAGACAACACUAGGAGAUGAAGAUGAAGAUGUGCACAAAUGUGGACGCUGUCAGACCGAGUUCUCCACGCUGGAGGCUUUCAUCCAGCACAAGCUGCAACAAAACUGCAAACGCGUGGAGGCCAACCAAGAGGUUACUGCAGCAAAUGGAAGUUCUUCUUCAGAGGUGAAAACAGCUAAAGGUGCAUCCUCAGAUGAGCGAGUGAAGAUCACUAACGAUGAAAGCAGUGGUACUUUUGGCAGAGGUAGCAGGAAGAAAAUAGUUUCACCCAAAGUCAAUGACCAAUCCGAUGGGACGGAAGGAUCCUUAUCGGACAAUGCUGAGAGUGACAAGUCUGUUGUUUACAAAGUUAACCAGGAGGGACGCUACAUUUGCCAACUUUGUGACAAGACAUUUAAAACUACCAACAUCUUGAGAACUCAUAUGAAAACUCACAGUGACCAGAAGAACUUCUCAUGUGACCUAUGUGGAACCUCCUUUCGCACAAAAGGCUCCCUGAUUCGUCACAAUCGUCGUCACACUGAUGAGCGGCCGUAUCGCUGUACCCUUUGUGGCCAGUCUUUCAGAGAGUCCGGUGCCCUCACAAGACAUCUAAAGGCCCUCACACCCUGCACAGAAAAGAUCCGCUUUGUUCAGUACAAGGAGAUCUUAGUCAGCAAAGAUGGUAUACAAAAAGGAGUCGAUGAUGCAGUGGCAGGCCAGCAGCAUGAAGUGGUGGUUUUGGAGCGUCAGCCAGAGGAGGAAGAGGUGGAGGAAGAGGGGAUGGUAGAGGCUCAGACUGCUGUGGUCAGUGUGGUAGAGGCUGGUUCCCACGAGGUCCUCCAUCAGGUCCACUUCACAAUGGAGGUGAAUGGAACAACGCUGGAGCAACAGGUUGUAGUAGAUCAGUCUCAAGCUGAAGCGCUGGCCGCGGCUGCAGCAGCUGGAGGCAACCUCAUCUGCCAGGCCAUCAUCAACUCUGGCAUCGCCCUGGAGACAGAGGAGGGCGUGGAGGAGGGCGUGGAGGAAGCCGUGGAGGAAGCCGUGGAGGAAGCCGUGGAGGAAGCCGUGGUCGAGGAGACCUCGGAGGCAACGGAGGAGAUGGAUAAAGAGCAUUCUGACUGUCCUGAUGAGGAUGAAAAUUUCACUGAGAUCCAUAUUAAAGAAGAGUUUGAAAUGGAAACAGAGGAAGCAGGAGAUGGACAAACAUCUUCAAAAACACACAAGUGUCCACACUGUAGUCGCUCUUUCAAGGGACUGAAUUAUUUCCGCUUUCAUGUCAAGGGCCAUUUGGGUUACAAGCCUUUUAAGUGCACGCUUUGUCACAAAGAGUUUCUAACUGGUUACCUGCUAAAGAAACACAUGGAAGUCCAUGUCAGUGAGAGGAGGUACAAGUGUGGGGAAUGUGGCAAGCUAUACAAAACCAUUGGGCAUGUACGUGAGCACAUGAGGGCCCACUCUGAUGAAAGACCCUACCGCUGUUCCAGGUGCAACAAGGGGUACAAGACCAAGAAUGCCUUACAGGUGCAUCAGCGGACCCACGGUGAUGAGAAACCUUAUGUGUGUCAGUUCUGCUUACGAGGCUUCAGGGAGAAGGGUUCGUUAGUGCGACACAUCCGCCAUCACACCGGAGAGAAGCCUUUCAAGUGCCCAAAGUGCAGCCGAGGCUUUGCUGAGCACGGGACUCUGAAUCGGCAUAUGCGUGCGAAAGGAGGCUGCCAGAAGGACGGUUGCGGUGAGCAGCAGGAAGUGGAAACGGAGGAGCAGGCGUCGGUGAACAGCCUCGCUACGGCAGCCAUCAUCUCAGAGGAUCCUCAUGCCGUCCUGGUGGAGUUCUCCUCAAUGGUGGCCGACACACAGGAGUACAUCGUCAAGACUCAAACAGAGGAAGACGUGCAAGAAGAAGAGGUAACACUCUUUCAAGACAGCCAAAAUGAGAUGGGAAACACCAUCAUGAAAGUGGUGCAGCGAAUAGUCAGCCAAUCGCAGGCCGCCGGCAACACGGGCAGCCACCAGAUCAUCGUGCGCAACAUGGCGAUGGACGAGGAGGGCGCCUCCAUCUCUGACUGCGGGGACACCAUCACCAUCGCUACACCAGAGAGCCUGACGGAGCAGGUGGCCAUGACGCUGGCCUCAGCCAUCAGUGACGGCACGCUACUGGCCACGACGGGUACCGUGGAGACGGCAGAUGGGACAGUAACUAUGCUGACAACUGAAGAGACAGUGGAGGAGGGAAUACACAUGGUGCAGCAGCAAGAGGAAUACGUCAUCACAUCCCCAGAGGAGGUGGAGAUACAGACUGUCAUUGUAUGAUCCACGGGGUUACUGACUAUGGACUGAUACAUUUGGCUGGACUUUCCCUGUAGCCGAGAACUGUGUAGAGUUUAUGUAAGCUCAUGUGUGAGAUUUGAUAACUUAACAAAGGCCAAAGUGUUUCUAAAGUUUAUAGCUACAUAAUUAGAACAAAAGAUGUGAAACCUAAAGAAUGAGUGGGCAUGAGGACUAUCAUGUUUUAGUUUUUGUUCAUUUAUUUAAUUGCACUGCAUUCAGUAUGCCUCCUAUUUUGUUUAGGUGCAUAUCUCUUGUUAGGUGGUACAAACUGAACAUUCUUUGCCUUUAAUCUUUGUUCCUGUAGCCUGGUCUCCUUUAUUUGCUGCAGUCAAAAAAUGAAAUUUCUUUGUAUUUUAAUACCUAAAUCGGCAUCAUUCCGCAGUGUUUCUGCUCUCAGAUGUUCUUUUCACCUUCAAAUUGAAAUGUGAUGCCUUUUUGAAGACGGACCGAUCAACAACUGUGGCGUGUGCCUGCCUGUUUAAGGCCAUUUAAGGAGACCAUUAACCUCCCAUAGUGCAGUGUUAAAGCAUAAUGCAUCUUUAAGCAUGACAGAUACACCAGAAACUAACAUUUGGUCCGUUUACUCGAGCAGAGUUUGCAUCAAAUAAAUGCUAUUUUCUUAUAAA